UCCCACACCUGCACAAUUGUCGGCCCCUCUCGCCUGCUGAAGAAGAGAUCGCCGGUAUCGAGCAGCUUCCUCAACUUAGAUACCCAGUCGAUAAUCGUACUUCUUCACCGAUAAUAUUGACUUUUUCAAAGGGUGUGCGAUGAGACAAUUUUUUUAGGUCAAUAUCACAUAAAACGCAACUACUAUUCGGUAGUCGAAUUGGUUUGUGUGCGCGAGUGUUUCUCGAAAAUUUCUUUCCAACAUGAGGAUUAUAAUAUUUUGUAUAACUGUAUAUUGCCUUAUAAUACUAGUCCACUCCGCUGACGAGCAUCGCCCAAAGAAAAAAGAUAAACGUCAACUAGAUCACGCCCUCUCCCAAUACUAUACAGGACCUCACAGUUAUCGCUUGGAGAGGAGGAUAUCCAAUGGACUCCAGCACCCAUCUCACUACCCCCAAACUCAGUAUUACCCAGGCCCACCCCAUGCAUAUCGCAAAGAUCCCGGCCAGGAGCUAACCAGUGGUAACCAUGUGAGCGAUCCCGUUGACCGAGGAGGACAUGGUGAUACAAUCUACAUCCCUCAUAAACCUUUUAUAAAGAUUGUAGAAAAGCCAGUGUAUAUUAAAGAGCCGGAGCCGAUUAUUGAAAUCAUAAUUAAGGAAUCGAAUAUAACUUUGCCAGCUCCGCCCACCGAAGCACCUCCACCGCCACAAAAGAAAAAGAAAGAAGAAGUUCAAGUAUUUUAUGUAAAGUACAAAAAAAAUCCAAACGGCUACGGAAAAGAUUCUGUUAUUUACGAUAAGCCCAUUCCGGCCAUUGCUCCUGUAGUACCAGAAGAGACAGAGCCCGAAGAAGAGUGGAAAGACACUCCUCAAUCGGGGUAUGGGGCUUACUCUAAUGAGGUCACAGAGGCGCCCAAACCCAGCACAACGCUAAGAACAAUAAUUAAACCAGACUCUGAAGUAUAUCACAGCCCUGGCAACAACGUUAAAGUCACUUUUGGCAAAGAGGGUUUUGAUUAUGACAAACGGUCCAGCAAGCCCGAGGAUUAUCCCGGACCUCAAAUCAGACCUCAAGAAGACCAACCACGAGCACGUCAAUUAACAUCUUUCUCUGAUGUUUACUUUAAAAGGCCAGCUCAAAACUAUUUUCCAUCUAGCUCGGAGGAAUACAGAACCGAAGUUCGAGCACCACAGCCAUAUCGACCAUUUAAUAACUAUCCGCAAUCAUCUAACCAAUAUAACAGUCGGUCUCCUAACAGAGAAUUUAACAGUAGGCCUCCUCCGUCAUUCUUUCCCCCGUCUAAGUAUCCCUAUCAACAUCCUCCUUACACAAAGCCAGCAAGUUCGCAGCAAUCAUCUCGACCAUCAUCUUUUCCAAAUUUCUCCCAUUCUAUUUCGCAUCCUCCACCUCCACAGUAUCAGUCAAAAGCGACACCAAGCUUUUCUCCUCCUUCUCAUCAACAACCGUCAUCAAGAUAUCAGCACCAACAUCAGUUUUCCGAAGUUCUGCCUCCUAGUCAGCGCAAACCAGUACCAUACACGCCCUUUGAACAUAUAAGACCUUCACAGCCAACAUUUUCACAACCUCUUCCUACUCAUGAUUCGCCGCAUCAAUCAUUUAUUCAAUCGCCGCCAACUCAGCCAACUGUUCAUCAGUCGCCGCCGCAACAACUUCCGCACAAUGGUCAAAAUAUUCAGUUUAGACCGGAAACUCGAAUUAAUCAUCAGCAGCCGGUACCCGUAAAUCGUCCAGCACCAAGCUACCCAGAAGUUAAUAGCCAAUUUAAAAUUGUUGAGCAACCACGACCAGAGCAGCAUAAUCUCCAAUAUCAAAAUGUCCACCAUCAGCAACAACAGCAGCAACAACAGCAACACCAACAACAUCAGCAGCAGCAAGUACAACAACAUCAAAUCCAACAUUCACAACAAAGCUCUAACGAACAAACCCAAUAUCAAGAGCAUUUGAAUAACUUGCGAAGUGCGCAAGAUGUGCUGCCUCCAGGCGGAGAACUUCUCCAAAGUCUUCCUAAAUUUGAACAACAUUUGAUUGUCGAUCCUACCACCGGGCAGUUGUCAGAAGCUUCAUCUCUUGAAGGUUCAGAGCAUAAUUAUCAACAACAGGCCAGUUUUGCUGUUUCUUCGAGGCAAAACGAUGAGGGCCUAAACAGAGCUCACAAACAAGUGAAAAGUCAAACUGGGCAGAAUCCUCAACAAUAUCUACAAACUUCACAUUCACAAAACGGUAUACCAAAUCAAUCAUCAGGCCCGGUAUAUACGAAUCAGCGAUCCGCAGAAAAGAGUGCCAUCAGAUCGUAUUCAACAACUACAGUCAAACCUACAACAACCACACAAGAACCAGAAAAGCCUUCCACAACUACCAAAGAUCCAAAAAUCUUGGAAGCUCAAUUACCAGAUGAAGUUCCCGAAGACUUAAGGCAGCAACUUCUCUCAUCAGGAAUUCUAAAUAAUGCAGAUAUUUCUAUAUUGGAUUACGACAAAGUUGGUGACAUUCCACUAUCAGCUUUACCUCCAGAUCAAUUAGCUAACUUCUACGGGGCUGGAGGCGCCCAGCAGAUUGCUGCAGCUGGGAGUGAACAAGUACCUCAAGUUGCAGCAUUGACUGCGCGAAGAGAUAGUGCAUCAACUUCACAAGACCAAGAAAUGUCUGCUGAAGAAUCGGAGAUAAGUGAAGUUGCAGUUGCCCCUGCUGAAACCAACGUUGAAAUGAAAGUUGUUAAAUACAAUCCCGAAACUGACAAAGGACAGAAAGUCCAAGAGGCAUAUAUUAGUGAUGCUGCUAAGCAGGUGGAACCAGUAGUUUUGAACGAUAAUAGUUAUAAUAGAUAUUUGCCAUUAAAAGUAAAUGGAACUCAGUUUCCUAUACCGGAUGUUCCCGAACUCAAAGGCAAACGAAUCUCGAGCGUGGUAGUUCUGGCUCCAAUAAGCUACGAUUUUUCAUCACGUAAAACCCGAGAAGCCAGUCCAGACAACGAUCUGCAAUUUAUCCAAAACGGUCCCCUAAAAGAGCUACUGGCCAAUCCAACCCAGGACAAUUAUAAGAAAUUUUUGGAUAGUGAGAAAAACACUGCUGUGUCGAAACAGGCCGUCAUUCUUCUUGUGACAAACUCUAAAGGACCAGAACAAGAAAAAGAAAUUUUUAUGUACGACUUAACCACAAACAACGUCAGUAAAUUGAGCGGCGAACUAUCUUCAGCUUUUGUUGAAGCUGCUGAAGCAAACUCUUCGGAUGAUCUGAGUAAUGGUCAAGCUGCGAAAAGUUCGGAAACUACGGCGAAUCAAAAGGCUCAUUAGAACUAUAAAAAUUCUGUAUUUUUCAUAUGAUGUUUCGAAUUAAUAAAUUAUUGUACAAAACACUGCCUGUAUAUUGUUUUUUAUACUUUUCUAUUGAUAGAUAAUAAGAUGCUUGAUAGAAUAUUAGUGAGUGGUGAACAAUCAGCUAUGUAAUUCCAUAUUUAACCCCAGACCUAUGGCAAACUAAACAAAGUGGUCUAAUUGCCAUUGUUAAUGAGUAGCAAAUACCGUUUUGUUUAUUUUUAGGUCUUGAGCAGAAUAUACUGUAUUCAUCAGUUACUGUCUGCAGAGUCGAAAAUCUUAUUUCAAAAGAAAAUUUAAAGUAACUGUAAGUAGUAAAAUAAUGUUUAGAAAAAUUUAGAUUUUUGCUUUGCAGAAUUGCCUCUAUUUCAAUAUACUUGAAAGCUCAAUUUAAUAACAUAUUUCAAUAAUUUUAUGAUUUCGUUAUUAGAAGGGCAACUGAGAAGUGAGUAGUCAAAUAUAAUUUAUUUAUAAAAAACUUUGCCUCAUUUCAUUCAUCUUCUAGAUGUGGUUGAUUAAUAUAAUAAUAUAUCAGUGCAGUUUGAAAAGUUGAUUUUGUUAUUUUUCCAUAACAGUUGCCUUUAAAAAAUGUAUUCAAAAUGUGCUUAUUGAGCUCUAUUGGUACAUUUAUGAUUAUGUAACAUGUAUAUAGAAUGUAUUACUUUUAUAAAUAAAUCUUUAUGUAAAUAAAAACGUUUUCCUGUA